CGCCAAGUAGAACAUCAGCAUCAGAAUUCAAUACAACUCAAAGUGUGCCAAAACAACUAGCUCGAAUCACAUUUCUAAAAAUUUGGAUCAAAUUUCUCUUAUCCUUUACAAGCAAAAGACAAUUUGCGCGAUUAUACCAUGCCUCUUGCGCCUCACAAUAGAGAUGGGCCAGCGCCCACCUACUUUCAAGAGCAAUUUGAAAUCCUUACAGAAUUUUGGUCGAAAGACUUGAGGCUCUUAAAGCAAGGGAAAAAGACUAGUCAUUGUUUCCCUGAUGUCAAUCUCGUGUGUGCUGAGUUGAUACAGCACGAUGGCUACUCGAGUGGUGAUAAGCUACGUAUCAAUUCGUUUCAAGUUUGUGUGCAUCUCAAAUAAGUUGAUUCGUCGCCGAGGGAAACACCUGCAGAUUCUUUCGGUUUCGAAUCAUACCUUGAGUGUCAUUGAGGGCCAAAUGCUUGCAAAAUCACAUCGUACCUCGGUCAUGCCCAAUCGAUUUUCUGGUCCCUGCAGUACAAAGAAAAUGCGAGUUCGAAUUUUGGUUGAAUUAUGGUUGACACUCUCAUCAGCGUUCGAACUAUCAAUAUUCUCUCCUUCUACGAUCGUUCUUUACUCUCAUACUGACAAUUGUAGAUGCUUUGCCUUCGCCUCAUUACAACGUGUGAAGUUUCACCGACUUUUGGCAGCAACGAAUGCGAAGAGUCAAUAGAAAUCUGAGUCUUGAUAACUGUACAGAUUCAAAUUGUGUACUACUCGUGGUUUAUAUUUCGAGUCCAAAGACUCGAUACAAUUUGUUCAAUCUCUACAACAAUGUGGUAGAUUGCUUCAGGAGGGCUAUGUAAAGUUUCGAAUUACUCGGUUUCAAAUGGAUAUGUCGGAUAUCCUGGAUACAAGAAACACGAAUGUCCACAUGAGUGGUAUUGGGCAACUUGCAAAAAUUUCUAUAAUUGCAAAGUAAAGACGAUUGAGGCUGAAAUACUAGCCCUGAUUCACCAGUGCUAGCUUUUCAAUAGCAAUUCUUACACAGCAGCUGAUCGGCACGUUCGAGCGUUUAUGUUGCUUUAGUGGUCACUCGGUCCGUGCCGUUAACCACUGCAACCUCAAAGUUAGCUUGGGCAAGCGAAUAUAUUCUGGUGUACAUCUUGGAAUGCACCUAUUAAGGAUCUUCAUGCAAGACGCACGGGGAUUCCGACUUCCCACUGAUGUAAGGCCUUCGUGACGACAUACAUUCGACAUUGGCGAAAGAUGCGAGGAUAUGAACAACUAGAAUUUGUGGCUAUGCACUCGCAGAAUGAUGCUAUCCAAGGCCAUCCUUGAAAUUCAGAACCACAAGCACCAUCCACAACACAGCCUCUCAUUUUAACCGAUAGUGUGGAGUUUUCAAAAGAUGUGAAUGCUGUAUCACUAUCAUUGAGCAAAAGACUUUUGAUCUCAAGAGGCUCAAGUUGUCAAUCACACGGUAUUGCGGCAAGGCUAUUCACCGACUCUGAUCGCCAUGAUCUUGUCGCGAUAUAUUUUUUAUAGAAAAUCUUUGCUACCUCAUUCGAUGAUACUAUACAGAUUCGCAAUUUUCCGUCCAUUUUGUAAGAUGGAUGGAGUAAUGUUGAUUGCAGCCGUCAUACCCCCCACUUUCAGGCCGGAAUGACUGGCAUAAUAAGGCACUGUUACACCAAGCGAGAAAGCUGCUCUCUCCUUACCAACAACUUGGAUGUUAUUACGAGUUUCCAGACUUUUCAGUCCCUCAUGACUCCCAACACAUUGACACCAAGAAGGAUCAUUUACAUGGUAACAUACAUCUCAUACCAUGAAUUUAUGAGGGAGAAUUGUCAUAUAGUGCAAUUAGCCGAGUGAGAUCUUUCCCCUGGUAGGGGCUGAGUGUACAUCUACUUCCGGUCACCAAAGAUUUUGGAUACACCGCAACGUUCAAAGCUCUGCUGCUGAUGUGCCACACUUCCAUCUACGACGAUGUUUUCUUCGAGACGUGGGGUUCGCCAACUCAUCUAGCAGACAUAAGCCAUUGCGGCUGUCAGGACAUUGCAAAUGUAAAGAAUCAAGGUACAAGUAUAAGUCUCUCCUAUCGUUGACGGCAUACAAGUCAAGCUCUGAUAAACAAGCUCUUAAGUCAUCUCACACUUUUUAAUAAUACUAGAUACUGAAAUGUUGGGCGCUGAUAAUAUUAUCGAUAUAACUUUUGGUGUUACAAGCGUCAUCCUCACGAUGAUAACUAUUUACUUGAUGUGUAAAAAUCAGAAGUCUAGAGUUCCAGAACUUGAUAUCGAGCAAGGCAGAGAUUUGAAACUCAAUCCAAUUAUACCAAAUCCUGAUCCAGUUUCUACUCCUUCGUACUUUGACUUGCGAUCAUUGCCUACAUUGAACCAAGCCGUUGUACCAUUUCCAGUUGCCCCACACCCAGAUAUUUCACCCAGCACGCCAUCUUAUCAGACUGCUUCUGAAAUUACACUUGCACGGCAUCAAAUUCCUGAGCAGAAUGUACAGUCCUUUCCUAUCACGACGGAUAUAGCUACAGUACCAGAUAUUCCUGGUUCUCACACUUACUACCACUCACUCCAUUCUUUUUUUCUAAAUGAGAGUGGAUAGUCUUGAUUCGAAUGUUUGCGUUAUAUUAGCAACAAACUGGUGAAUUUGGCGUUUAUUAUCUAUUGAGUUGCAUUAUAGGGAGUUGAGAUAUAGGCUCGCGCCAGGAUACCCAUAUGAUAGUAUACGAAAUGGAGUUGUGAUUACGUUGUUUGUGGUGAUUGGAUUUGAAAUUUGGAUGCAGGGGGUACCUACUUUAAAUUUAUUUUCUUUCGUUUUGGAGCACAGGAUUUGGAAAGGGAUAGAGAAGAGGGCGAAGAUAGAAUGUAUUCAAAAGAGGACGAGAUGAGGUGUGGCAGGGGAUAUGUAUAUCAGGGAAUUGAAAACUGCGAAUUUUUCAGACUUCAGUGAAAUGUUUUCCGGAUGUAUAUUGACAAG